UGGAGGCAGGUGCCCCCGGAGCUGGGGUGUCCCGCCCCGUGCACAGCCUUGAUAAGGCCGGCCUCCCAGCAUCCCUUCUGUGCCGCCGUGGACCCUGGGCCUUGAGAUUAGCCCCCGCCGCUUUCUCUGCCCACCUCCCCCUGGCACGGGUGCCUCCCGGCACUUGGGGCCCGCCGGGCAUUUCGGGAGGCAGGCACAGGAAUCCUGCCCUGCGAAUUCUGGGCGGCAGCUUUCUAGAAGCUAGGAGGGGCCGGCUGAUGUCUCCUUGCCCUUGGGAACAGUGACCGAGGAGGCAGUGACUUGCCCUGGGCCCUCGUGAGCGCUGUUUUUGCCAGGUGCAGCAGAUUUCCAAGCGGCCGGAGGUCGGGAUUCCCGGGUGCCGAGGACACCCAGGCUGCCCUGGGGGUCACUUUAGACUGUAGCGGCCGGGGAGGGGAGCAGGGAGACACGGGAGACUCAGACCGCUGCUCCCCUCUGAAAAGCGGACGGGAAAGGUGCUCCUCUUUGGGCCCGUGCGGGGAUUGCUUGCAGAGUCUGAGAGCCCGGCCUCCAACGCAGUUCUGUUCAGGUCAAGUCCUUGACGAGCAAACGCGAUAGUUCCUAGGCCUGACGGGUGACAGACACGUGGGUGUGGGGGUCUUCUCCCUGGGCCGACAGGGGAGCCACCCCUGGGGAGCCGGAAGCAGCCGUGGGAAGGGGUCCCCGGGAGCGCACGCUGUUAGCAGCCUGAUUCUGCGCCCCUUUCAUAGGCGGGAGGCCUGGGGUUCAGUGAGGCUCCCACCAGACCCCAGAGGAAGAAUCGGCAUCCCCUCCCCCCUGCAAAGGUUAGGCACCUUUAUAAAUAAAGAGCCGGCUUUGCGUUUAUGUACAACCGGCCUGGGGGCUACGCACCCCUACCAGGCACCACGGCCUCCACCUGCACCCCUUCCCCUUCUCCGCCGCAGGGUGAGCGUGUGGGGAGACCCAGGAGGAUCUGAGAGGAAGCCGAGGCAGCCCCUCUUGAGGCCUGAUAAGGGGACCUGAGUGAAAGUCACCUUGGCAACCCUCCCCACUUCUCUUUUUUUCUUUCUUUUUUUUUUUUGCCGCUGAGCCUGUGGCCGGUGGCGAUGGAUUCACUUUUCCCCUUAACAAGCUCUCUGGGCUUCCCCCAGCCCCGAGAGGAUACAGCCAGACAGGGGAUGAUUCUCCGUGGGGUCCACGCUGGGACAUGUGGGUGGACUAGGUUUCAUAAGGGAGAAGCAGAGCUUUGAAGGAAGGGACAUUAGCUUUGGGGGUUUGAAGGAUGGAUAGGAGUGUGUGUGCGCGUGCAUUCCGGCCGGUUGAGACAGCUGUGCAAAUGUGACCUACCACAGUUUUAAAGCUCGCGAGGCAGGUUUUGCACGUUAAUCUUUUUUAUUUUUUAUUUUUUAAUGUUUCUUUUUGAGAGCGAGUGAGACAGAGUACAAGUUGGGGGCGGGGGGCAAAGAGAGAGGGAGACACAGAAUCCGAAGCAGGCUCCAGGCUCCGAGCCGUCAGCACAGAGCCCGACGCGGGACUCGAACCCACGAACCGUGAGAUCAUGAGCUGAGCUGAGCCGAAGUGGGACACUCAACCCACUGAGCCACCCGGGUGCCCCUUGCAUGUUAACUCAUGCUGACUUUGAGAGGCAGAUAUUUUUGUUAUCUCCGCUUUCUGGAAACUGAGGCCCCAAGUCCCUUGCCCAAGGUCCCCCAGCCAGGCAGCCUCGUCCAGACAAUGGUUAACCUGGCCUGGCCGGCUCCAGGGCGGGUUCUGGCCAGGGCGGCGCAUUCUUCUGACCAGAGUGUACGGUUUGUGCCUGGGCCCUGCGGGGGCCUCCAGGGCCCCAGCGCCCCCAGGAAUCGGAUCGGGAUGCCCCGCCCACGCACCAGUUCCAGAGAAAUAGCAAGGAAAGGUGGUUUUGGUUUCAUUUCCCCAUCCCCGGGACUGCGGACGUGGGCCCCGCGUCGGGGCGUGAGGCACCGUCUGUGUCCUGCUGUCCUUCCCCUUCAUCUUCAGCCCGUGCCUGGGCUGCGGGGCGGGUACCCCGGAGUGGGCCGCCCUCCUCUACUACGGGCCCUUCAUCGUGAUCUUCCAGUUCGGCUGGGCCGCUACGCAGAUCGCCCACCUCAGUCUCAUCCCGGAGCUCGUCACCAACGACCACGAGAAGGUGGAGCUCACGGCCCUCAGGUACGCCUUCACCGUGGUGGCCAACAUCACCGUGUACGGUGCCGCCUGGCUGCUGCUCCGCCUGCAGGGCUCCCCGCACAUGGACGUGGCCCGGGAUGUCCGCGACCAGCUGGGCGUCCAAGACGUGCGGGUGUUCCAGAACCUGUCCCUGCUGGUGGUCGGAGUGGGCGCCAUCUUCUCGCUGCUGUUCCAUGUGGGCACGAGGGAAGGGCGCCGGCCGCGGGCGGAGGAGCCCGACGAGCACAGCCCGCUGCUGGCCCCGCCCACCGCCCAGCCCCUGCUGCUCUGGAAACACUGGCUGCGGGAGCCCGCCUUCUAUCAGGCGGCUCCCGUAGGCCCCGUGUCCCCUGCCGAUGGGGGCAGGGCGCGCCGUCGGAGCCCAGCCUUCUCUGCCCGCAGGUGGGCCUGCUGUACAUGAGCACGAGGCUCAUCGUGAACCUGUCCCAGACGUACAUAGCCAUGUACCUCACCUACUCGCUCAACCUGCCCAAGAAGUUCAUCGCCACCAUCCCGCUGGUGAUGUAUGUCAGCGGAUUCUGCUCGUCCUUCCUCAUGAAGCCGGUCAACAAGUGCAUCGGGAGGAACCUGACCUACUUCGCGGGCCUCCUGGUGAUCCUGGCCUUCGCCGCCUGGGUGGCGCUGGCAGACAGGCUCGGCGUGGCCGUGUACGUAGCCGCCGUGCUGCUGGGCACGGGCUGUGCCACGAUCCUCGUCACCUCGCUGGCCAUGACGGCCGACCUCAUCGGCCCCCACACGCACAGCGGAGCCUUUGUGUAUGGUGCCAUGAGCUUCUCGGAUAAGGUGGCCAACGGGCUGGCGGUCAUGGCCAUCCAGAGCCUGCAUCCCUGCUCGGGACCCCGGAGCCUAACCCUGACACCGUCCCCCCACGGUCGCGGUCCUGUGCACAUGAACUCUACAGGCCAUGCCCAGCUCCCAUCCCUGCCCCCCAUCCUCACCCGGCUGUGAGGGCGGCAGGUGAGGGCAGGCGGUCAGCAGCCCAGACUCUGAGCUUGGCCCUCUGGGAUCCAGGGGAGCGCCCAGCUCACCCGUCACCCCAGGCUCGGUCGGGGUUUCCUAGGUGCUGCCGGGUCCCUGGACGAACGGUGUCGUCAUUGGGCCUGAUGGGAGCCUCAGGCUUGGGGGGGACCCAGUCCCACAACCCUGUGCCCAAGGCCACGACUGGCUAUGAAUAAAAAGCCACCCAGGGGUGAG